CGUCCCUCUGAAGAUUUGCUUAUCUCAGUUCUGUAAAUGGAUUCAUAGGAUUCAGCAGCAGAAGAAAAUCAUUUUUGCUGCUGAGGCUUCAGAGCCCACUACUUCUGAAGUAAAAUUAUGUGCAUUUGUUACUUGGUCAGGUAAAAACCCGAGUUAUAACUCGCCUAUCACUCACAAACGGAGCAUCGGGCUGAGGAGAUGGCUCAGUAGAUAAAGCACUUGCCACACAAGCGUGAGGACUGGCAUUAGAAUCCCUAGAACCCACAUAAAAGCGGCCUGGGCACUGCAGCCAUCUAGACAAGGAAUCCCAGGAGCAGGCUGGCUGGCCAGCUGGCUGAAAGAGUAAGCUCUGGGUUCAGUGAGAAGGCCUAUCUCAGUUUAAGAAGUGGGAAACACUACAUACCUGAUGUCAGCCUUGGGCCUCCACAAGCACGCCCACAAACGUGCACGUGCACACAUACACUACACACAUAUAUAUGCAAAAAUAGGUUUUGGUAGCACUACCCCUGUUUAGUCCUUUAUUUCUAGUUUUAGUCUUGUUAAUCUAGAAUUAUACUUACUGAAUUUAAUGAACCAGGAAAAGAAAAUCAAGGGCCUCACAGAUACUAAGAAAGACUGGGACCUGGGGGUCUGCCUGGAAUAUGAGUGUAGAAGAAAACAGCUGCUAAAACCUGUGUUCUUAAGUUCUUGGAUUGACCUGAGAGCAACUUACAAGCUUUUCUAUAAAAGAAAACCCAAAGGACUAAGUGGUGCGUUACAAGAAGUGGGGAUAGAAUUCUCAGGACGAGAACAUUCUGGGUUAGAUGAUUCUCGGAAUACUGCUCUUCUUGCUUGGAAAAUGAUUAGGGAUGGUUGCCUAAUGAAAAUUACAAAGUCCUUCAGCAAGGUUCCCAUUAAGAAGAAUCCCAACACUUUGACCAGAAAUCUGAGUACAAAUCAAGUUGAAGCAACAUCUGCCUGCAACAGUAGCAUUCAGAGUCCCAGCAUAUAUCAAAAGGAGUCUAAAGGUACAGUAACUACUCAUGAAAAAGUUCAGAUGAAUUCAGUUUUUGUGACUUCUAUAAAGAAGGAGUUACAAGCAAAGAGCAGUAUGAAAACAGCUCCUCACACUGUCAUGAGUUGCUUACGUCUUUGUACUACGAAGCCCUCUACUUCUGUGGGACAGUUAUCUCCUACCUUGAAUUCACCUCUCUAUAUGCAGAAGCAAAGAAAAAGUGAACAGCUUGCAUUGAAUGCUGAUUUAAAGUCUUCAGUGUUUGGUUCCAACUUGGUACUUAUGUCUACGACCAUUCCAUCUGUUAAUCAUGUUUCUGAUGCAGAAAUCAGUUGUGCCCAUGACUGCCUACCUAUGCUGACUGAUUGGGAAGAUGGAGUUUUACUUCCAGUAUCUCAGGAUGAGCAAGAUACAGAUUGUAUGCCUCCUGUUAGUGACACAAACUUAGAUAAUUCAUUUAAUUCUGAAGGAAGACUGGUGGUUUUAAAAGACUCAGAAAUGCCAAGUAACGAAAACUUUGGAGGACUUGAAACUCCUCUUAGUGACACAAACUUAGCUAAUUCAUUUAAUUCUGAAGAAAGACCAGUGGUUUUAAAAAACUUAGAAAUGCAAAGUCAUGAAAACUUUGGAGGACUUGAAACUCCUCAAAAAAUUGAGACUUCUAAGUCUAUCAUGUAUAAGAGUCCCCACACUACAAUUUACAAUGUAAAAGAAGCCAAACAUCCAAGUUUGGAUGUUUCUACUUUUAAGUUACCUGAAUGCAAAUUAUUUACCUUUGACAGUGUUAAUGCCAGAGCAUUGCAUCCUUCAGAUUUUAGGAAACAGCCUCCUCUUUUAUGUGGUGCUAAAAGGAAUUCCCCUAGUCUCCCAGCUUCCCCCCCAGCAAAAAAGCAGACCUUCACUAUUCAUGAAGAAAAGCCUACGUCAUCUGAUUGCUCCCCAGCAAGUUCUUCCCGGAAAGUUCUUCCCUCUGUAUUAACUUCUGCGGUUAAUCUACAAGAGCCUUGGAAGUGGGGGAAGUUGACACCUCCCUUAUGCAAGUGUGGCCGAAGAUCUAAGAGGCUUACAGUUUCUAAUAAUGGACCAAACCAUGGAAAAGCCUUCUAUUGUUGCCCUGUUGGGAAAUACGAAGAAAACAGAAAAUGCUGUGGUUAUUUUAAGUGGGAACAAACACUGCAAAAGGAAAGAGCCAACAGCACAGCUCUAUCUCAUUGCACAGGAGGACUCACUUUUAGUUCUCCAGAAACAAGCCAUAUUAAUGGCAGAAAUUUAAGUUUUUCAACUAAAAAUUUUUUGCGACUCAGACCUUCAAUGAGAAAUUAAUGAACUUUUUUCUAAAUAAUAUUUUUACUUUUAGUAUAACCUUUAUAGGGUUUUUAGUGCAGGAAUGAUAAAAAACAUAGGACUUCAAGUUAUGGAGACUUAGCCUGUAGCUACACUGAAGCAGUUCACACAAACACAGGCACACAGGCGAACAAACAGAAAAGGAAAGUCAGUUUCAAAACUUUGCACUUUGAGUAGUGUGUAACAUCUGUCCGCUGCUGGUCAUGUAUGAAUCCUCAUUGUUAAACGCCGUAACAUGAGUGUUUUGGUAAUGUCUUACAUAAUUGUAUUUAUAUUUCAUAUAUUUGCUGAAUUUAUCAAACUCAUAAGGAACCACAAGUAAAAUAUUUUUAUAAACUAUAUUUAAUAAGCAACAAUAGUACAUGACCUCUGUCUUUUGUAGUUCGACCUUGAAACAAGUUUUGAACUAAAUUAUUUGAAUAAAUUGGAUAAACAUAUAACUAAUAAGUCCCUAGUCAACUUUUAGAUAAAUAUUCUAAGAAUUAAUAAUCUUCCUACUGAUAUUUUUUAGCUUUCUAAGAACUUGCAAGGAACUUAGCCUUUUUGUUCAUGGCUUAAAGAUUGAUUCUGGUUUGUUUAUCAACCUACUGAAAUUGCUCAAGUAAGUUUUGAAAACCAGUGGGGCAGAGAUUUGCUUCAGAAACUGCUUCUAAAACAUUUUAAAGUGUCUCCGCAACUGAUGAUUCUCUUUAUGUUAGCAGUUCAGAAGAACAGUGACAUUAAUGCCGAAGAAUUCACAAUUUGAGUUCAAAAGCCAUCCUCUGA